GGUUCCUGCACCGGCUGCCCCCCACCCGUCCUGAAGGCCGCGACCCCAGCUCCCCUGCGCAGUGCCCAGCCGAGGGCCCCUCCCAGACCUAGGACCUCCCUUCCCGCGGAGACCCUAUCUCUUGUUUUUUGGGAAGGGGAGGCCCAGCGGAAGCCCUGAGUUAUAAUUAGCCCCACUCGGGUUUCCUAGUUAAUCUCCAGCACAUCUCUUUCUCGGGUGGGGGAGGAGGGCGGGGGGUGCUGGGCGAGGGGUGACCGCCGAGAGAGGGGGGAGUUCCGACCCGGGGAAUUUUGAUCCCUUGGCUGGAGAUGCCGGAACCACAGCAGCUGCUGCCCCAAAAUAGCGCCCCCGCCCCUGCAGCCGGGGAUCUCCGGAGCUCUGGGAACACAGGCGUCCUGGCUCGCCCUUCAGGCCCCUCCGCAAAACCCCCAGACCCCCACCCCAAGGUCCCGGCUCCAAGGCUCCGGGCGGAGAACGCUGUCCUUUUCUCGGUCUCUACUGCCCCCCGCCGGCUGCGGCGUGCACCACAGCAUCGGGCGGAUGGAGGCGCGAGUCCUGGGGGACCGGGGCUGACGAACCUGUUGGCUGGGGCUAGGCGAGGGAGUGCGCAGGUGAUGGGAACCGAUGGGUGCUUGCUCACCUUGCCAGAAAGUAGAUGAGACAGGCAGGGUGGAGCUGGGUAGACAGGAUUUGGGGUCCUCCAGGAUUGGGGGCUCUCAUACCCUGUGUGCCCACUACAGGGCUCCCCUAUCCUGGCCAACCCAGGAGACUUGGGCUGGGCCUUCACACCCGCAAGCUCCCCCAACGGCGCUGUCAGUGAGGGCCGCGCCCCUGUCAUGCGUGGACUGUGGCCUCUGGUGCCUGCACUGCCCGCACUGGGCCCAGCCCAGUCCACAGAGCCAGGGGAAGGAGGUGAGGGUGGCGGCAGGUCUCAUCUCUGUUCCCUGCGUGUGUCUGAGUGUGUGUGUCUGCCUGAUCUGUCGCCGCUUGCCUGUCUGCCUUGUCCUUGUGUCUGCCCGUCUCCCUCCCGCCAUGGCUCUCCUUGGCCAACCUGCCCCACCUCCUCUGCAGCUCAGUGAUAACCCUGGGGCAAGAUGUUACCUAAUCUCCACCCUCCUGGCUGCCUCUGGCCUUCACCCUUUGCCUUUCUUUCUCCCAGCAGACACCUGCCUGCCCUGGCAGCCAUGAGGCCUCCGUGGUGCCCCCUGCACAUGCCCUCCCUGGCCUCCCCACUCCUCCUCCUCCUCUCCCUCCUGGGAGGAGGGGUAGGGGCUGAGGGCCGAGAGGACCCAGAGCUGCUGGUGACCGUGCGUGGGGGCCGGCUGAAGGGCAUCCACCUAAAGACCCCUGGGGGCUCCGUUGCUGCUUUUCUGGGCAUUCCCUUUGCGGAACCACCCACGGGCCCCCGUCGCUUUCUGCCACCCGAGCCCAAGCGGCCCUGGUCAGGGGUGUUGGAUGCCACAGACUUCCAGAGUGUCUGCUACCAAUAUGUGGACACCCUGUACCCUGGUUUUGAGGGCACCGAGAUGUGGAAUCCCAACCGUGAGCUGAGUGAGGACUGCCUCUAUCUCAACGUGUGGACACCAUACCCUAGGCCUGUAUCUCCCACCCCUGUCCUUGUCUGGAUCUAUGGGGGUGGCUUCUACAGCGGGGCCUCCUCCCUGGAUGUGUAUGAUGGCCGCUUCCUGACACAGGCCGAGGGGACUGUACUGGUGUCUAUGAACUACCGGGUGGGGGCCUUUGGCUUCUUAGCCCUGCCAGGAAGCAGAGAGGCCCCAGGCAACGUGGGUCUGCUAGAUCAGAGGCUAGCCCUGCAGUGGGUGCAGGAGAAUGUAGCAGCCUUUGGGGGGGACCCAACAUCAGUGACGCUGUUCGGGGAGAGUGCAGGCGCCGCCUCAGUGGGCAUGCACCUGCUAUCCCCACCCAGCCGGAGCCUGUUCCACAGGGCUGUGCUGCAGAGCGGUGCACCCAAUGGGCCCUGGGCCACAGUGGGUGUGGGAGAGGCCCGUCGCAGGGCCACACUGCUGGCCCGUCUUGUGGGCUGCCCCCCAGGGGGUACUGGCGGCAAUGACACAGAACUAGUAGCCUGCCUUCGGACAAGGCCAGCUCAGGAUCUGGUGGACCACGAGUGGCACGUGCUGCCUCAGGAAAAUGUCUUCCGAUUUUCCUUUGUGCCUGUGGUGGAUGGAGACUUCCUCAGUGACACACCCGAGGCCCUCAUCAAUGCUGGAGACUUCCACGGCCUGCAGGUGCUGGUGGGUGUGGUGAAGGAUGAGGGCUCCUAUUUUCUGGUUUACGGGGCCCCAGGCUUCAGCAAAGACAACGAGUCUCUCAUCAGUCGGGCCCAGUUCCUGGCUGGGGUGCGGGUCGGGGUCCCCCAGGCAAGUGACCUGGCGGCCGAGGCUGUGGUCCUGCAUUACACAGACUGGUUGCACCCUGAGGACCCAGCGCGCCUGCGGGAGGCCCUGAGUGAUGUGGUGGGCGACCACAACGUCGUGUGCCCCGUGGCCCAGCUGGCUGGGCGGCUGGCUGCCCAGGGUGCCCGGGUCUAUGCCUACACCUUUGACCAUCGUGCCUCCACGCUCUCCUGGCCCCUCUGGAUGGGGGUGCCCCACGGCUACGAGAUCGAGUUCAUCUUUGGGCUCCCUCUGGAUCCCUCGCGAAACUACACCACCGAGGAGAAAAUCUUUGCCCAGCGGCUGAUGAGAUACUGGGCCAACUUUGCCCGCACAGGAGACCCCAAUGAUCCCCGCGACCCCAAGGCCCCGCAGUGGCCGCCGUACACGCCUGGAGCACAGCAGUAUGUGAGCCUUAACCUGCGUCCGCUGGAGGUGCGUCGGGGUCUGCGCGCUCAGACCUGCGCCUUCUGGAACCGCUUCCUGCCCAAAUUGCUCAGCGCCACCGCCUCGGAGGUUCCCGGCACCUGCUCGGGCCCCGCCCAUGGGGAGGCUGCCCCAAGGCCCAGGCCCGGCCUCCCCCUGUCCCUCCUCCUCUUUCCGCUCUUCUCCGGGCUCCUGUGGCUGUGACCACAGCCUCUUACCCCUCUGGCCUCAGGGAGCCCUUCCUCAUUAGAGGAGGGCUCCCCCACUCAGGGAUCUCCGACCCAGCGCUCCCUCCUCAAACCGAGACUCAGACUGCACAGGUUGGGGAGGGAAGUGACCUACCACCCGUCUCAGGGAUGCACACGCCUUUGUUGUUUAAAUGGAAAUGGAAAAGCCAAUUUCUUUUUGUAUAAAAUUAUCCUUUGGAGCCUGAGCCUGAUGUUGGGGGUAAAGCGGGCCUGGGGCUGGAUCGAACCGCCCCCCCCCCGCCCCGGGGGCAGCCUUAACUG